AUGGAGGAUGUCUCACGAGUCCUGGUCGAGAUGAACCAAUUACGGAUGCGAUUACCAGGGGAGUUCGAGAAGAGCGAGACGGAAUUCAGCCUUUAUGACUAUAUGACCUGCUUAAAGUCGUACGCCGAAAAGAUCAUUAGUGUCAAGGAGAGUGAGCAUGAGGUUGAGCAGAGCAUCAAAGAAGUCAACGAAACGGCGAAUCAAGGUGCAUUUGUAGGCGAUCAAAAACUAUUUGGAGCUUACAUCGGAGACAAGCCGGACAGCGCGAUCGAUGUUAGCGUUGAGUCGGCAUCUAAAUCACGCAACGAUGUGCAAGCAGACCUCGAAGACGAGAAGAUUCCCACCAUCGAAGAAUUAAUGGCUAGCUUCGUGGGCAUCCCCAGCCGAGCACCGACUCCGCCACCAAAGGAUAGCAAGAGACGCGAGCUUGCCCGAAGUCUUAUGGUUUCUCCAUUUGAGGCCACUUCAGAUCAUCCGGAUAACUCUUACGGUUUCGUUACUGAGAUUGUUGCUCAAGGACCGCUAGCAGAGUCGCCGCCCUCCAUAACGAAAAGCAGAGGGUUUGGGAAAUUUUUUGCGCCUCUUAAGCAUGCGAUUUCAGAGGCCAGACCUCAAACACGAUCAACGACUUCGACUAACGCCACGGAUAUACAACCCGCGACUCCAAUUAUUCAAGCCAGCCUUGUUAGAAGGGGCAGUCAUAGAUUAUCAGUAUCUUUUAAGAAGUUGCCAAUGUGGAACUCAGAACUGAUCAUGAAAGAGCCCGAAGACACAACCCCCAACGCGGUCUUCGGCGUCCCGCUUCAGAAAAGUAUGCAGAUUGCUAAAGGAACCUCUAAGACUCACCACUCGGGCCACGGAGGGUCAUCACGGCGAGAUUUCCCUCUGUGUAUGCAAAAGUGCUGCUUCUUUUUGAAGAACGAAGGUGUCGAAGCUCCAGAUAUCUUUUCCGAGCCGGGUGAUAGCUACAGGGUGCAGAAGUUGAAGGAUAUCUUCAGUAGUGGUCCGACAUAUGGCGAGGAUGUCAACUGGACCAAUUUUGGUGUAUACGAUGCCGCGGAUCUUAUUCUACUCUUCCUCUCGCAACUCCCGAAACCACUGAUCACAGAGAAUAUAGCUAAACAAUGGAUCGCGCUCUCGAGACAGGCAAUGCUCUCGGGAUCUCAUAGUACCCGACUUGAUCAAUGUAUUGAUUUCUGGGAGGAAGCACUCGGCGGCCUUCGAGGACCAAGCCGUACUCUGUUCAAGUUGCUCCUUAACCUAUGGGCUGAUAUUGCACAAGCAGAAGAGAAGAACGAUAUGACAGCCGAACGACUAGCCGGUGUUCUUAUCAAGCCCCUAAUGCACAUCACAUCUACGAAAUACGAAACUGACUUCAUGCUAUCGCUCGCUUUCCUUAUCCGGAGGAGAGUGGAAUAUACCGAGUUGCUGAAGAAAGACCAAGCAGACGUCAAGAGGAUUAGCAGGGCGGCAUGGUAA